GGCAGUACUGACCGGUGCACAUCUCCAGGAGGUCUCCUAGCAACCUGUGCUGUAGGGCUGAAUGCCAGCAGGAGCAGCCGGGUGAAUCGAUGAGCUUGCCUUGGGAGCCUAGAAAUAGGCAAAAUCAGAACACGCCAUGGGUCAGAAGGUCACAGGUGGGAUCAAGACUGUGGAUAUGAGAGACCCAGUGUACAGGCCACUGAAACAGGAACUCCAAGGACUCGACUACAGCAAACCCACACGUCUGGACUUGCUGCUGGACAUGCCCCCGGUGUCGUACGAGGUGCAGCUGCUGCAUUCGUGGAACAACGACGACCGCUCGCUGAACGUCUUUGUGAAGGAGGAUGACAAACUCAUAUUUCACCGGCAUCCGGUGGCCCAGAGUACAGACGCCAUCAGAGGCAAAGUGGGAUACACACGAGGACUGCACGUGUGGCAGAUCACGUGGGCGAUGAGGCAGCGAGGCACGCACGCCGUGGUGGGGGUGGCAACGGCAGAUGCCCCUCUGCACUCAGUGGGGUACACGACACUCGUGGGGAACAACCACGAAUCUUGGGGGUGGGACCUCGGGCGCAACAGACUGUACCACGAUGGCAAGAACCAGCCAAGCAAAACCUAUCCUGCCUUCCUAGAGCCAGAUGAGACUUUCAUUGUGCCGGACUCCUUCCUGGUGGUUCUGGACAUGGAUGAUGGGACACUGAGCUUCAUUGUAGAUGGGCAAUACAUGGGUGUUGCCUUCCGGGGCCUCAAAGGGAAGAAGCUGUAUCCAGUGGUGAGCGCCGUGUGGGGACACUGCGAGAUACGGAUGCGCUACUUGAAUGGGCUUGACCCUGAACCACUGCCUUUGAUGGACUUGUGUCGGCGAGCUGUGAGACUUGCUCUGGGCAAGGAAAGACUGAAUGAGAUCCCUACACUGCCACUGCCAGCCUCCCUCAAGAGUUACCUGCUCUACCAAUGACCUUCAUGUUCAAAGACAAAGUUGGAACCAAGACAAAAAUAUCAGAGCUGACCCACUGAGCAAUGGGUUCUCCACCCUCGUGUCAUCGCUACUGUUGGAACUCCUUGGCCAAAGUAUUCCUGCCACAGCUUAAGUCUCCAUGUGCCCUUCCUGGCAAGCUCUCGCAUAAUCCUUGUUUCACAACUGAUGUUGUUAUAUUCUUUAGAAGUCACUUCCCCAGCACACUCACAAAAGAAACACUUAUAGAAGGUCUGUGCUUCCCUGCUUCUCUGGAGAAAAGGCUGCACUGCAGCCUUUGGGUUGUAGGGCCUAGGAGUAAAUGAUUUUUCUGUACCAGCUAAAGGGGAAAAACAUAAUUUGGGGGAAGGGAAGGCAUUAGGAGUGGAAAUACUAAGAUGAAGUCCUAAGAAUGGAAAGGCACUGGGUGGCUAGCAGGGUUGGGAAGAGUCUGGAAUACCAGGAAGAAUUAAUUGCUGAAUUUCUAAAAACAGAAAA